GAAAUGCUUUGACCGAGGAAAGAGGCAUCUCAGAAGCAAAUCAGCGCAACGAACGCAAAAGUGCAGGCGAGACCCUGUUAGUCACGUUCCACCGCAUUUUUGUGAUCGUCAGGCCUGGGCCUUGUUGGACUGGACUUGGAUUUUUCAUCUUCGCUCAACUCACCUUCAGCGUCCGCUCCCGCCAUCACCAUCGCACAUCGGGUUACGACCGAUCGAGAGAAAACAUCCCUUUUCUUUCUUUCCUUGACGUCUUGUUUCCUUUCAAGGUGGAGCACCGCUCUUUUUCGACUUUCGAUUACUUUUGGUCCUCUUGCAUUCCCUUAUCACCAUCGUUCAAUUGGGAUCGAAUCCCCCAUCAUCUCACCCCUUGCAACAUCAGCUGUGAAAAUCACCCUCUCGCUCUCGCUCUCACAUCGCCUUAG